AUGGUCGUUCCAGCUCACUAUAUAAACUCGCGGCUCGUCGCUAUCGAUAUUUCGAGUGAUCUCGUGCCAGAUGUCGUCGAAGGACAUGGCCCCUUUAAGGGACUCGAAUUUAUUGGCACCGAAGAAGCCGACGAACGAGCUGUUAUGGGAGAUGGAGACGGGCCGUAUGCGGGCCCGGAGGACGGUUUCGAGGUCGAAGUGGCGGUUGGGGAAGUCGGACGAAGUUUUUGCCACUCAGAAGAGCCGUGGAUUAUGAGGGAGUCGAGGUCUGGACGGUUGGGGUUGGGUUUGGUGGGGUUGGAGAGGAGCCAGUGGGAUAUGACGGCGACUAGGGCCGUGCAGGCGCCUUCGCCGGCGGCUUUCGGGCUGCGCUGGUCGAACGAGGCGAGGAAGACGGGUGCUGUGAGUUUCGAUUGUCCGUCUCGGCUUACGAGCUCCUUUUGUUCCCAGGAGCCUUCUGGGUUGUCUUGGGUGAUGUCUGGUUCUGGAAUAUCUUUCUGGAAGGAGAUAAGGGGUUGA